AUGAAGACAGAAAAAGAAGAAAAGAUAAUGAAAUUAACAAAAGGUAAAUUAAGCUAAAAAAGAAAAGAAAAAAUAGGCAGAAGCUAAAUUAAAAAAGAAAAAGAAAAAAUUAAAUUAAUAAAAGACAAAAUCUAAAAAAUUAAUAUAAAGAUGGACGCUACUAAGGAAACCAAGAAGGGAGAAGAAGAAGUUAAGAAGGUUAGAGUUAGAAUCACCUUGACUUGCAAGAACUUAAAGUCUGUUGAAAAGGCCACCUCUGAAAUCGUCUCCAGAGCCAAGAAGACUGAAUAAGUCGAAGUUAAGGGACCCGUCAGAAUGCCCACUAAGACUCUCGUCAUCACCGUCAGAAAGUCUCCUUGUGGUGAAGGUUCUAAGACCUGGGACAGAUUCGAAAUGAGAAUCUACAAGAGAAUUAUUGAUCUUACUUGCAACGUUCCUGAUGUUAAGACCAUCACCAACUUCAGAAUCGACCCCGGUGUUGAAAUCGAACUUACCAUGACUGCCGACUAAUGA